AACCACGCCUAUAAAAUAAUAAUUAUCGUUUGCACAUAAGUCGAAAACAGCUCGACUUCUUUCUAUAGAUGUUUUUACUUUUCAUAGCUUCGCACCAAUGACUGAAUCUCCAUCAAGAAGACCAGAGACCUCGAGAUUAGCUACAGGAAGGACAGCGAAGACUAAAAGGAUUUCAUCAGCGGCCAAAACCAUUCUAGUUUGGCUAGAAGAGAACUACUGCAUGAUCCCAGGCUCUUGCCUGGCAAGAAGUGAGCUCUACUCACUCUAUGAGGAAUUCUGCAGAAAAGAAUCACGGAAACCACAUAGCCCAGCAAGCUUUGGAAAGGUUGUCCGAAUUAAAUUCCCAAAAGUUUCUACGAGAAGAUUAGGAACAAGAGGACAAUCAAAGUAUCACUAUUAUGGGUUGGGUGUGAAAGAGACCUCCAUAUACUAUAAGCGAAAAGCAAAUAUUGCAACUGUACCAAGGAGAGGAAUUACACGCUUUACUAACAAUCAAGAGAAAAGAUCAAAUGAUAACAUCAAUAGUGGAUUGCUUAAAAAUUUAUCUGACUUGCCCAGUUUCCCAUUCUUCAAGGGGGUUGAAGUUGAAAAACUCCCACAAAAUAAGGUAGAGACAUUUAUGCUGAUGUACAGCUCACAUUGUCAAAGGAUUUUUGACUCUGUUUCCAGAAGAAAUUUUGAUGAGGUUCAAGACUUUUUGGUCCACUUUUGGACAGGAAUGCCUUCUCACAUGCUGCCCAGCCUUGAAAAUCAAAUACUAUUGGAUAUUAUUGUGGUCUAUGACUCUAUCUUGUAUAAUAGCCUCUGCAAUACUUUGAUACCUGAUACACUUACAGAAGCACCUGGAAUUGGCAACAAGGAUUUAAUAGUAUUGUUUCCCAAGAGGCUCACAGAAUGGCUAAUACAGUGUCUAAAUGAUCCACUACCACAAGCUGUCAGGGACAUCAAAAUGCAAACUGCUGAUAUGUUUACAAAGGCAUUGAGACAUCACCUCAAUCUUUUAGAAAGUGCAAAGCAUGUCAGACACAUUCUGAGUAUGUCUAAGCUUGUUGGUAGUGCAGCUGCUGACAUGGAAAAAAUGAAAAGUGACACACUAAUCCACCACAUUAAAACAGUUACAAUGAAAAGCAAAUGCCUUAAUGCUCAAGAGAUAGCUACAGAAUUUGCCAUUAACUUGCAAGGACUUCUGCAGAAACAAUCAAACAUAGAAGGUUUUCUUUUAUGGAUUGAUGGGAUGAUAGAAGAACACAUUAUCAAAAUAGCUGGCUCUGAAAUUGCUUUCAAACUUGAACUGCUUUAUGACUUUUAUCUUCUGUGGAAUUGCUUUGCAUCAUACAUAGAGGUUGAAACAAUUACCACAAAGGCUGAGAGUCAAGAAACAUUUCAAGUUCUCUUUCGAUUUCUAACCGAAUACAUCAUCUACAUAACAGAACUUGUACAGUCAGAGAAAAUAGAGGAAGACUACUCGAACUCAAUACUAUCAAGAGCACAACACGAUCAAGAGCAGUGCUGCAUGGAAGAUUCCAUUCGUCCAUUUAAAUGUGACACAGAUGACCCAGUGAUUAGGGAAACAUCAAUAUAUUUGAAUCAAAGACCACCUGCUUAUUCCAUUUCAUCUGUGAACAGCUAUGAAAGCUCUUUAGGAUCACCCGUCUCAAGCUCUGAAGAAAGUUCUCCAGGAUCUCUACUCCAGUAUCCAGUGCCAUAUAAUGAUACUAAACUAGCUGAUCUUUUUGAGUAUUCUGAUCCAAUUUUACCUCAAUCAUCCAUCAUCACUGAUACCCACGGAAGAUUAGAGGAGAGUGACUCGCUAGAGCUUCCUUACUUCAGUGAGCCACUGAGAUGCUUUGAAGAUAUCAUUGAGUUGACAGACAAACUACUAGGAAACCCUUGGUGAUAAAGAUAUUAUAUUUCUAACAAUUUUUAGAACACUAUUAUUUAUUUAUGUUUGUUAUUGAAUUCAUGAAUUGUCAA